GAUAAUUUCAUCUCUUUUUCUUUCCUCCUUUUCUCCUGAUUUAGUCAUAUACUAUAUUCAUCAUGUUGACUGACGAAAAGACAAAAGUGGCUAAUGGAAAAAGCCAAACAGCACUGGAAAAAGUAAUCAGUAGUGAUGCGGAUCAGCCUCCCACGCUGGAGUUCAGCGAGGAAGAACGCAAGGCAAUCGAGAAGAGGCUCGUUCGUAAAAUCGAUUUGAGAGUAAUUCCAUGGGUGGCGCUAUUAUAUCUCAUGCUCAGUUUGGAUCGAAACAAUAUCGGUAAUGCUAGAUUGGGUACUCUAGAAGCCGACUUGAAUUUGCAAGGAAACGACUAUUAUACGGCGUUGACGAUCUUUUUUGCUGGUUAUGUGAUUUUUCAUAUUCCUUCCAACUUGAUGGUAAAAUGGUUACUUCCAUCGCGUUGGAUUUCAGCUACUAUGAUUCUGUGGGGUAUCUGUUCUAUUUGUCAAUCAGCAACGCACAAUGCUGCAGGUUUGAUCGCGUGCCGCUUCUGGCUAGGCGCAUUUGAGACAGGUGUUGGUCCUUCGACACCGCUCUUUUUAUCGUUUUGGUAUCAGCGCGAAGAGUUGGCAUCGCGUGUCGCAUUAUAUUUCGGCUCAUCAACAGUAGCUGGCGCCUUUUCAGGGGCUAUUGCCUACGGAGUCCUUGGAAACCUGAGCGGAGCCCAUGGUUUGGCCGGGUGGAGAUGGCUGUUUAUCAUUGAAGCAGCACCAACAAUCCUUUUCGGUUUUUUGAGCUUCUUCAUCUUACCGAACCUUCCCGAAACUGUGGGAACUCGAUGGUUGUCCCCCGAGGAAAAGGCCGUGGCCAUUGAACGAACGCGUAAAGGUGGAAACACGGAUAACAAGCCGUUCGACAAGCAUCAGUUUUUGGGCGCUAUCAUUGAUUAUUACAACUGGCUAGCAUUCAUUAUCUAUAUCGGCUUGAAUGUGGCAUUGGCAAGUUACUCUGUGUUUCUCCCCACCAUUAUCCGUGAUUUAGGAUUCAGUGCGUUGGAUGCUCAGUUACUCUCAAUUCCACCUUAUGUGGCCGCUGCUGUCCUUGUUUUCCUUGUCUCCUGGAACUCAGAUCGCACACUUCAACGCGGCUAUCAUGUGGCAUCUGUUUCGGCUCUGGCUAUCAUCGGCUAUAUCUUCUUGCUUGCGACAGUCAAUGUCGGCGUACGGUAUGCUGGUGCUGUCUUAGUAGCUUGUGGUAUUUACCCUAUCAUUCCUUUAACACUAUCUUGGGUAUCCAACAAUAACUUGGGCCAUACAAAGCGUGGUGUUGCCAUCGCCCUGACUAGCAUGUGCGGACAGUGCUUCAGUAUGCUAGGAACUCAGAUUUAUAAAACGGAAGACGGCCCACGAUAUAUCCGAGGUCACGCCGUUUGCCUGGUGUUCAUGUGCUUAGCUGGGUUGUCUGCCAUUACGUUACGAUUCUUAUUGAAACGCGAAAAUGAUCGUCGUGACCGAAAGUACGGUGUUCCCGAAUCGAUGGAUUUGAGUGAGGAUGUUGAUAGUGACGAGCGAUUGUACGAGAAGAACUCCAACUUCCGUUAUGCCUUGUAGUAGUUCUGCAUUCUUUUGUCUAUAUAUUUACUUACCCACUGUAUUAUCAUCAUAUUUCGCGUACACGGAUAGCAAAAGUUAACCUCUCUAUAAUCACUU